ACCCGCUACGGCCAGUCGCCCGUCACUCGUGGAGUGCGCAUAACGUCUGUCAGGCCACGCCGCGCGACGGGAAAACCAUGUGGUGAAGUGAAACUGUCAAACGUGAUACGCACUCGCACACAAGUUAUUUCUAUUUAGUGACUGAACUUUAAUUUCACCAUAGUGUUUUAGUGUUAUUGAAGUGACAUUUUGGAAAAUUGGAUUAUACGAACGUAUAAUGGCCUUAGCUAGGUACCUUAUCCACAAAGAAAAAGUUGCCAUGCCAAGAACGCUCGCGUCGGGCAGCGAUUGCGGCGGUGGUGGGUCGGGCGGGGGCGCGCCCGCUCCGCAGUCGGCGCGCGUGUCCUCGAACGGCGCCGGUGGCAUGGCGGUGAGCCGCGUGCCCAGCCCGUUGCACGACGGGAACACGCCCGUCGCUGAAAACUGGUGCUUUACACAGGUGAAGGUGGUGAAGUUCAGUUAUAUGUGGACCAUAAACAAUUUUAGUUUUUGUAGAGAAGAAAUGGGUGAAGUUUUAAAAUCAUCGACAUUUUCGGCUGGUGCUAGUGACAAAUUAAAGUGGUGCCUACGUGUUAACCCAAAAGGACUCGAUGAGGAGAGCAAAGACUAUUUAUCGUUAUAUUUAUUGUUAGUGUCGUGUAAUAAAUCAGAAGUGCGCGCAAAGUUCAAGUUUUCGAUAUUGAACGCGAAACGGGAAGAAACAAAGGCGAUGGAGUCACAGCGGGCGUAUAGAUUCGUUCAAGGCAAGGACUGGGGAUUCAAAAAGUUUAUCAGAAGAGAUUUCCUCCUGGACGAAGCAAACGGUCUCCUGCCAGAAGAUAAACUGACUAUAUUUUGUGAAGUGUCAGUGGUAGCGGAUAGUAUCAAUAUUAGUGGGCAGAGUAAUGUUGUACAAUUCAAAGUGCCAGAAUGCCGGUUGUCGGACGACCUAGGAGCUUUGUUUGAUAGUGAAAGAUUCUCUGAUGUGACGUUAGCUGUCGGCGGGCGAGAGUUUCAAGCGCAUAAAGCAAUAUUAGCAGCGAGAAGUCCCGUGUUCGCAGCGAUGUUCGAACACGAAAUGGAGGAGCGGAAACGCAACAGAGUGGACAUCACGGACGUUGAUCACGAGGUGUUACGUGAAAUGUUACGGUUUAUUUACACGGAUCGAGCGCCCAAUCUAGACAAAAUGGCCGACGACCUCCUCGCAGCAGCUGACAAGUACGCGUUGGACCGGUUAAAGGUGAUGUGCGAAGAAGCGUUGUGCCUCAGCCUAUCAGUGGAGACGGCAGCGGACACACUCAUACUCGCCGACCUUCACUCCGCUGACCAGCUUAAGGCGCAGACCAUAGACUUUAUAAACACGAGUCACGCAACAGAUGUCAUGGACACCACCGGAUGGAAGAACAUGAUAUCCUCUCACCCUCACCUCAUAGCCGAAGCCUUCCGCGCCUUGGCGACUCAGCAGCAGCAGAUUCCUCCCAUUGGCCCUCCAAGGAAACGGGUGAAGCAGGCCUAGUGCAAAGCGAACACCCGCCUCUAUACCAAAGAUACCGACGGCGCUAUUUUCGAAUUCUACGCCGGAUAGACAGGCACCAGCCGAGGUAUAAGAUUGACCUGUUUAUGAGUACAUUUUGGCAAGCGUCAUCAUUGAAAGGGAAAUCCUGUGAAAUAUAGCUAACAUAUGACAUUUUAACUUUCUAUAAAAUAUAUGUCAUGUAUUCAUUUAUGUCAACCGAGCUGUUGCAUCUAAUGUAGGGUAGUACAGAUCAGCAGUAAAUAACUAUUUGCAGUUGUUAUAUUACUAAAUUUUUAAUUCGUUAUUUCUUAUCAUGGAAAACACUAAUUUACAUUUCUCAACCCGACAGCUUAUAUUUUUUUAACUGGCAACAUUAUAUGAUAAUUUUCUCAAACAAAUAGCAAGGGUAUGAAGGUUGUUUUAAUUUUUGUGAUUUGAUCUAUCAAUGCUGAAUUCGGUAUAAUAGUGAAAAAAAUAUUAAAUUUAAAAGGUCUAUUAAAGUUGGAAGGCGUUUAUCGGAAGGUCUAGUUUUAUAAUUCGAUUUUUAUCAAUGUAAUAUUUAUUUGUGAUUGUGAUAAAUAUCUACGCGAUUAUUAUCAACGACUGUUUUUAUGCUAUAUUUUACAGGACAUCGUCGACUAAAUAUUCUAAGCUCAAAAGAGAUAAAAAUUAUAUCUUUUGAUAGCAGAAAUUAGUUGUAGCAUCUUAGUGUAUUUAGACGGCGAUAUGUAUGUAUGUAUGACGAAUACAAAUGUGCCAAUAAGGGUAUGGAAUCCUAUUAAAAGUGUCCGUUAGUCAGUACCGGCGCCGGUACCGUUUAACUUUCAAUAGUGUUUGUGAUUGUUGAGUUUUUGUAUCGUAUCUGCGCUACCAACUCGUCGCCAUCCCUGUUGCGGUUGCAAGUUACCGAGUACCGGCGCAGCUGUCGUGGACGAAUAGGCCGGUGUGUUGUGAAUCUUUGGAUUCGUUCUCUGAUUGAUCUCAAGACGUUCGCUCCAUGUGCGUCGAGGCCCGCGCGCCAUAUUCAUGAAUUACGUAUAAUGGAUGUUGGACGCUUUUUGCGCGUUGUAGAUUUUCGAAGUAGGCAUUUUAAUAUUUUACGUAUUCUUUGUUUUUGUAAAUUAUUGCUUGUAUAUUUAAACAGUCUAUGUCAUUAAAAUGAUUUAACUAUAAAUAUUUGGCUUGUAUAGAGAACCACGAAAAUUGUAUUUGAUAGAAGCGUUAAAAGUAGAUUAUACUUGAAGUAGGUGAAUGCCGAACGCGCGACGGUUUUAUACAAAGCGGUGAGGGUAGUUGUAAAAAGCCGUCACACGUCGACGUUUUAGGUGAUUCGCGUGAUUGUAAUAAGUCUAUGAAAUCGUUGGUGUUGUAUAUAGAUGAUCUACGAUCCCACCAUUUAAUACUAUAUCUAAGUACUAAAUUUUAAGUGAAUGACGGAGGACACCGUUAUGUGUAUGAAUUUGUUGGUGUUAUUCCAAUGACAUAUUGUGAUUUUCAUUUGUAAGGUUAUAAAUAGUAUUUUAAUUACAAGCUUUGUUUGUUUGAAUUUGUCUUUAGUAUAAUUUUUCUUCGGUUUGUUCGUUUGUUUGUAUAUCUUCCGAGUCAUAUUUAUAGAAACGCACUUCAUCUAUGCUCACUUUCGCUCAUCAAUGAAAGAACUAUUUUUUAAAAAUUUAUCUUAUUCCUAUUUGUAUUAAGUAAACUGUUGCCUAUUGAUGGAAAUGUUCACAUUCGUUUGUAAAUGGAGGGAGGUACCAAUUAUAAAUAAUAGGUUUACAAGCCAAUGUGUAAGUACUGUGGCCAAUAAAGUUUAUAAUACCAUUUUAUACCCACUACCCAUAAUAGCUGGCAGCUGACGUGUAAUAUGAUAGUUACAAUACAAUUGUCAGAAGUAAUAACUGUGAUUUUCGAAAUUGUCAAUAAGAUGAAAUAAAUGAAAUGAUGUAAUAUUA